UUGGUGUAUAUAUAUAUAAUUGUAAUAUUUACGUUUGUGUGUGUGUUUUCCAAAAAUUCAGUGUUUAUUGACGGAUUGUUUUGGUUUAAUAGAGUGUAGGUAUAACACGAUAACUAUAAUCUCCACUGACUGGUUGUUGGGCGUUUUAUAAGCCUUCAUUUUUACUUCGACUUUCAUAGAGUACAAUAAGAGAGCUAUAUGAUGGCCGACAGGUAAAAAUAACGCUUAUUUAAAAAAAGUUUACCUCCAAGCCACGGUGUAACUUCACCUGUGGCAAUCACUCGUUAUCACAAAAACACCCACCAACGCAAAUCUGCCGUGCAGUUAGCAUUAAAACCACAGUUUACAAUAAUUAUUGUUAAAUACGUUUUGUUUUUGUUAAUAAUUGAGAUUUCUUUUUGUCAAUCCGGAAUUUCUGUGAAUGACUACCAGUUAAAUUAGAUUUAGAGCCACGGGUACAAUUUGUUUUCAGUGUUGGUCCGGUUCGUGACAAUCAUUAGUUCUUCAAUGAAAAUAACUUGGCCGAAUUCGGUGAUAAAUACCUAACCAAUUGCGUCGUGUUUCGUUUCAAUUUGCAUUUGCAAUUGAGUUUUGUCUUGCCUGUUAAUCCUUUGUCAUAGGUUUUUUAGUAGCAGCCUUCGACUGCGGUUCACGGCAACUACGUUGUAGUUUUGAAGAGGUAUAAUAUGUUGCAAAUUAAACAAGAAAAUGAUGAAACAGAAGAACAUUCCUUUGAAAAACCGUUUGAAGUCAUUGAACCUAAACCGUUAGAUGUGCAGUUCAAAAACAAUAAAAUUUCUUCAACAGAAGAGUAUUUAGUAAAGAAUGAAGACGAUAAUACUUAUGAAGUUUUGAAGCGGUAUAAUAUGUUGAAAAUUAAACACGAAAAUGACGAAACAGAAGAACAAUCUUUUGAAAAAUCAUUUGAACUCAUUGAACCUAAACCAUUAGAUGUGCAGUUAAAAAACAAUGAAUUUUCUACAACGGAGGAGUCUUUGGUAAAGAAUGAAGGCGACAAUACUUAUGAUUUUAGCAGAAAAAACGACCAAUUGAGUAUCAAAAUUGAAAAAGAUUGCUUCGAUGAUUGUGUUUUCGAAUCAGAAAUAGAAAUUACUAGGCAUGAACUGUGUUAUGCUGAAGAAGAGCAAACAACGUCGUUUGACUGCAAUUACUGUCAGAAAUCUUUUAAGACAAAACGGCGAAUUAAAAACCACAUUUUAAGUAUUCAUUAUCCGUGUAACAAGAUCGGCACUUCAAUUUGUGCAAACUCUAUGGAUUACUAUACUCGAAACAAAGAUGACUUAAAUAGUUGUGGUAUUUGUUUAACAAGUUGUUCAUCAAUAUCGAGCCUGAGAAGACAUUGGCGCAUUCAUACGGACGAAAAGCCUUUUAAAUGCGGUAUCUGUGAAAAAACAUUUCGACAAUCUUCAAUCAAGAAUCACAAAAUGAUACACGACGGUGAAAAACCCUUCAAAUGCGAUGUCUGUGAAAAACAGUUUCGUCGACAACAUCAUCUUAAGACUCACGAGAGAAUGCAUACCGGCGAAAAACCGUAUAAAUGCAAUGUCUGUAAAAAAACAUUUAGUCACCAGACUUCGCUCAAAAGUCACGAAAGGACACAUACCGGCGACAGGCCCUUUAAAUGCAACGCCUGUGAAAAAACAUUUUGUCACCAGUCUUCCCUCAAAAUUCAUAAAACGAUACAUGCCGGCGACAGGCCCUUUAAAUGCGAUAUCUGUGAAAAACCAUUCAAAACACGACCUCACCUCAACAACCAUAAAAGGAUACACACCGGCGAGAAACUGUUUAGAUGCAACGUGUGUAAAAGAACAUUCAGACAGCAAUCUGCUCUCGCGAUACAUUCAAGUGUACAUACCGGCGAGAAACCAUUUAAAUGCGAUAUCUGUAAAACAACCUUCAGACUAAAAUCUAUUCUCGCGAAACAUUCACUCAUACAUACCGGCGAGAAACCGUUUAAAUGCGGUGUCUGUGAAAAAGCCUUCAGUCUACAAUAUAAUCUCGCGGACCAUGCACGUAGACAUACCGGCGAGAAACCGUUUAACUGCGACGUCUGUGGAAAAAACUUCAGUGUCCAUUCUGAUUUGAAGAAACAUUCGCGUACACAUACCGGUGAGAAACCAUUUAAAUGCGGUGUCUGUGAAAAAUGCUUUGGCAGACAAUCUCACCUCAAGUCUCAUGAACGCAUACAUACUGGUGGGGUACGAUACAAAUGCUCCAUCUGUGAAAAAUCGUAUGGUCGCCAAGGUACUCUCAAAGGUCAUCAAGCAAAAGCACACGGCUCAUAGACUCGUUACCCUCACCACGUGACUAGGCAUUUGGCAGAUUUUAAAUAUUUUUUCAGGAUCUAUUUGUUAUUAUUUUGCAAUUUUUUUGUUUUUUGUUUUCUCUUGUAUCUUUUUUAUCGUUACUAUCGUUUAACUGACCGUUACUAUAACUAUGACAUUUUCCAUUUCAUUUUUCGACGGAUCACUUGAACUGUUUAGUUUUUAUACUUUUACAUGCAUUAUUGUAAAAAAAAAAUUGUUCAUAUUUUUAUUUUUUAUUAUACAAUGUUAGUAGUUUUUUUUAUAAUUACUGUUGGCUUUAAGGAGAAAAUAUUUAUAAAAUAUGUGAGU